AUGGCGAGUGUCACGGACAAGGCCCGCUUUUACCUCGAAAAGUCGGUCCCGGAGCUAAAAGAGUAUGAGAGGAAAAAGAUCUUUAGCAAGGAGGAAAUCGCAUCGAUCGCCCGGAAACGAUCCGAUUUCGAACACAAACUGAAUGCUCGAGGUGCGCAACCUGCAGAUUUUGCACGAUAUGCCGAAUAUGAGAUGAAUCUGGAUCUUUUACGGCGGAAGAGAGUGAAGAGACUGGGCAUCAGAAGUCCUGCCUACACCGGACAGCGACGGAUCUUUUUCAUCCUUGAUCGCGCGACCAGAAAGUUCCACGGGGAUCUUGGGCUGUGGAUUCAGUACAUCGAAUAUGCCCGGCAGCAAAAGGCGUAUAAAAAGCUCUCCCAGAUCUUCACCGACGCUCUUCGACUACAUCCUACCAACGCAGACCUGUGGAUAUAUGCCGCCAAAUAUGCACUGGACGAUCACGCCGACAUGACACUGGCAAGAAGCUACAUGCAACGGGGUCUCAGAUUCUGCAAGAAUUCCAAGAAUCUCUGGAUUCAAUAUGGAAGGCUGGAGAUGAUCUACAUCGCAAAGAUCGCCGCUCGACGGCGGAUCCUGGGGCUUGAUCAACGCAAAACAGAGACAUCUGCGCCAGAAGAUUCAAUUGAUGAUCCAAAUGCGGAUAUGAUUACCCUUCCCAAGGUCACCGCUGAAGACAUCAAUCCUAGUCUCGACAAGGAUGCCGACGUCGAUCAGGGUGCGCUUCAGAAUCUCGACUCGACACCAGCCCUCAGCGGAGCCAUUCCUAUUGCAAUAUUUGACGCCGCAAUGAAACAAUUCGGGGACGAUGCGGCUUUUGGACGUGGGUUCUUCGAUAUGAUUCUCGAAUUCGAAGAGGUUCCUUGUUUGCGAAAGAUUGUGGAGCAUGUUGUUGAGAAACAGGUCACCACUUCACCGGAGAGCUACCACACACGGAUAUGUAAUGUGAAGGCCCCCGUCGCCGGGAUCAAGGUUACAUCGCCAGACUUCCCUCGAGCAUUCGGUACAUCUCUGAGUCGUCUCAAGCAAUACCCUCUGGAUCGCCAUCUUGCUCAAGAGAUAGUCAAAUGGCUGCAGCCGGUGUCAGAGAUCAAGGAGUUGGAUCCAGCCUUGCGCACGGUAGUUGUUGCCACGCUGCAACGUUCGGAACGUGUUCUUCAGGCAGAAGCAGGCUCGGAGAAGUAG